AGUCACUCAUUCACCACCACAUUCAUUCACAAUCACCACCACCACAACCACCACAACUGGCCAUCAACCCCACAAUCACUCACCAUCACCCCACAAUCACUCACCAUCACCACCACAACACACUCCUCAGCUCCUUCACUUGCCUCCCUAAGACCGGCGUCCGAAGCGGGCCAAGGCGCGCUGCCGUGUCCCGCGGCGCCUGCCUGGGGCGGGGGCCGGGGGGUGGCGGGGCCUUUCAUCCUGCACUAACACACGUCCUGCAUCACGUCGGGAAUGACGAGGACGUGUCUUACUCGGCACUUCCCGCGCCACAAGGCGGCGCCACAAUUGGCGGUGUUCGGACGCGGCCAAUAUCAGGGAGCAGCGAUUUGUCGGAGCCGCGCUCAGGCACAAUAUUUGGAAAAUGGUGGCGGGAGAGGCGAAAACUUUGGUCAAACAACUGUGCUCUGAUUGGUCCACACCGAUCAAUGUUUGUCCCAACACGCCUCUGAUUGGCCGCGAGGCGGAGCCUGGUCAGGUGGGCAGGCCGCGGGGAGGAGGGAGCCAAUGGGCGCGCGACGCGCUAAGGGGCGCGGGGCGGAGCGUGGCGACGGACACAGUUAUUCUUAAGUCGGUAUCGCCCCUCGGAGGACAACAUUAAUCAGCGGCAGCAGCGGGAGGCGGCGUGUGACAGUGUGACCUCACGUGUGUGUGUCGACCCGCCGCGGCUCACCAUGGACUCGGUGUGUGGGCGCGAGUCGUCCGUAUCGCCGCCCACAGUGGUGGCGCCCGUGGCCCUCAAGGCCUCGCCCCUGAACGAUGCCCACCAGCCCGCGACGCCGACGGAGCAGCAGCGGCUGCUGUACCAGCUGGCCCUGGCCGAGAGGCUGCGUCUGGCCUCCGCCGGCCUGGCCUGGGCCCGCCCGCCCCUCUCCGCCCACCCGCACGUCCCCCACCCGCACCACCCACAGGAGCACAGCGUGGUGGGCGGCAUGGUGGGCGGCCUCAUGGGUGGGCCCUUCAUGGGCGGCCUGGGCGCCCCACUUAUGGGAGGACUGGGAGGAGCGCUACUGGGUGGCGGGCAGGGCAGCGCGGCAGCAGCAGCGGCAGCAGCAGCAGCCGGGUACCCGCCGGGCCACCCGCUGCACGCGUACGGCUACCGCCUGGUGGACCCGCGCAGCCUGCUGCCCCGCGGGCCCGAGGAGCCCAAGCCGCAGCACUCGUACAUCGGGCUGAUCGCCAUGGCCAUCCUAAGCAGCCCGGACAAGAAGCUCGUGCUCAGCGACAUCUACCAGUACAUCCUGGACAACUACGCCUACUUCCGCUCCCGCGGCCCCGGCUGGCGCAACUCCAUCCGCCACAACCUGUCCCUCAACGACUGCUUCAUCAAGGCGGGCCGCUCCGCCAACGGCAAGGGCCACUACUGGGCCAUCCAUCCCGCCAACCUCGACGACUUUAGCCGCGGUGACUUCCGCCGCCGCCGCGCCCAGCGCCGCGUCAGGAAGCAUCUCGGCUUGGCCGUCGACGACGACUCUUCCCCGGAGCCGCCCUCCCCCACGCCAGCACUAACUGCCGCCCACGACUCACCCACGGCCGCCCACCUGCCACACACGACCGCCCUCACCGCCUCGGACGAGGGGUCGCAGGCCCAGGCGUCGCUGCCACAGCCUCCCGUGGCUCGGAAACGACAGUUUGACGUCGCGAGUUUGUUGGCGCCAGACGACAAGCUUCCUAAAACCCGCCGCCACGGCCCGGAACACGCCCACGACGCCGCCCACGACCACAGCGAGAUCGACGUUGUGUGCGACGACCCGGGCGACGACCACCGCCCCGGAGCGCCCACCUCUCCCAGCCACACUUCCGCCGCCCCCGAGGACGAGGACGACGAGGAGCCGCAGCCGUGGUCCCUACUGGGUUGGGUGUCCGGGGCGCCGUGGCCGCUGCCGCCCGUCAAACCCGAGGAGCCAGACCCUCGUCCCGCCGCCCGAGACCCGCCGCCCGCCCAGUGAGCCGCGCCGCCGCCUCCCGCCGCCACGCCCUCAGGCUGCGGGAGGAGGCCCACCUGUGAUAGCUCGCCUCAUUGUCCUGUAAUUAUUAGUUUUUAUGAUGUGUAUUAAUAAAACUGACGACUGCUUAA